UCCACUGUCCCCGUCACCGGAACCCCCCCACGGCGGAAUAUCACAACGAAAAAAGAAUGGUCGAAUAUGAGUUCGGCGGACCUCUGGGUGCCGCAGCCAUCACCUUUGGCCUGCCCGUCCUGCUCUACGCGUUCACAUUCGCUUGCAACGACGUGUCUGGCUGCCCAAUGCCAUCACUUCUGCAACCUCGCGACUUGACCUGGGCAAAGCUGAAAGCCGACGCUAAUCUACUGAAUAUCGGUCUGUCGAAUUUCCUCUCCUGGAAAGUGACGCUGGUCACUGUCGCCUACUAUGUCUUCGGUCGUUCCCUUUGGAAGAUCCUUCCUGCAAAAGAGGUUCAUGGAACCAAGUUGAUGCACCAUGAUCGCCCCCUUCAGUAUCGAUUCAAUGCGUUCUCGGCCAUUCCCCUGACGGCAAACGUACUCAUCUCAUACGCCUUAUCGGUCUUUCUCUACGUCAACAGUUUCACCGUCGACACCAAGUAUCCCAACCGCGACUUUCGAGAGCUAGCUGCCGGCGGCAUGACAGGCAACCUCAUCUACGAUUUGUACAUCGGCCGGGAGCUCAACCCCCGGGUUACCCUGCCUCUGAUUGGAGAAGUCGACAUCAAGACGUGGUGUGAAGUCUGUCCCGGUCUGACUGUUUGGAUCCCGCUUGACCUGUCAUUCAUCGCUCAACAGGACCGCAACUAUGGAUACCUCUCCGACAGCAUCGUGUUCACGACCGCCUACAACGAGUCAUCCAUCUUGACGAUGAUGGAUAUCACGACCGACGGGAUGGGCUUCAUGCUUGCCUUCGGCGACCUAGUCUGGGUCCCCUUCCUCUACUCGACCCAAGCUCGUUACCUCGCGGCCUUCCCCGUGCAUCUCGGCGAGCCACGAAUCCUCGUGGUUGCCGCCGUCUUCGUCCUCGGGAUUUACAUAUUCAAAGCGGCGAACAAUCAGAAACACCUGUUCCGCACCCAGCCCAACCACCCCGCCGUGCGGGAUCUAUGGUCCAUCACCACCAGGCGCGGCACCCGCCUUCUCACCGCUGGCUGGUGGGGUCUCUCCCGGCAUAUCAACUACUUCGGCGACUGGGUGCAGGCGUGGCCCUUUAGCCUGCCCACGGGGGUGGCAGGGUACACGAUCUCGCCGGAUCGCCCGGCAGCCGGGUGGGGGAUGAUCUUCACCUACUUCUACGUGCUGUAUUUUGGUGUCUUGCUCGUCCAUCGCGAGCGGCGGGACGACGCCAUGUGCGCGAAGAAGUAUGGCGAGGAUUGGAAGACGUACAAGCGGACGGUGCGGUGGAGGAUCUUGCCUUGGACUUAUUGA